GUCACUGUCACCUCUGCCUCCGAAACUUAUACCACAUCUUUCGGGCUUGCCUGGAAUUGAUUCAUCCUCACCGACAUCUGGAAGUUGCUCGAUAUCUCCUUUGCCGAUUCUGUUGCACCAGCAUGGCUUUUCGUGACGAUACGACAUAUAUCAUAUUGUUCCGAGUCUGAGAUGCAUUCGUGCGGAUCCAGCCAUAAAUUAUAACAGAUAUGGCAUCUGACGAUGCCCAGGCUUGCAUCAAUCAGAGAGAUAAUACUUAAAUGAGACCACACGUAGUAGUCCAGGAUCAUCAUAUCCUAUUUUCUCUCGCAAUCCAGUCACGAAACAAGCGGAUACCUCGGAUAACUGAAGACUUUUGUUUAUUUUGCUAACUUCUCUGGGCUGCUGUAUUGUGGAUUACAUUGCUGCUUUCUAGACAUCGUAAAGAUUGAGGCCUAGGCAAAUACUGCAUGAAGACAGAAAAAUUCAGAAGUGGCCAUGAAGCCGUGUUUGCAUCUAUUUAGACCAAUCCACCUCGAAAUUACCCGAGGGACACUGGAGUCGGUCAACUUCAAGUCAAUAUUCCUCAUGCCCCCGACCUCAUCUUUGCGUGCGCUUCAAGUGCAAGUACCACGCCGCAUAGCAGGCAGGCGAUUUGCAUCCCAUGGCCCACCACAAUUCAACGAGCCUAGCGGUUUACUUUUUGGCGAAAAGCCCCCUGCACCAGGACAAAAGCGAGUGAAAGAGGAGUGGGAAAACAUCUGGUAUGUAGGGAUGUUCGGGUCUAUGGCAAUGGCUGCAGUAUUGUUGUACUACAAGCCUGACACAAGCAUACAAACGUGGGCCCUAAGGGAAGCCAAGGAACGUAUGGAAGCUCGUGGAGAGAAAUACAAAUACGAACCAUCAUCAUGAAUUUCAUCAACUACCUUACCAUCUCAUUCUGACAAUACAUACUGGUACUCGAGAUAGAAUGCAUUGCAAGAGCUGAUGAUUUCUAAA